AUGGAGAAGAAUGCUACAGCCAACUCUACCAGGAACAGCAAGGAUAAGGAGAAGAAGCCAUGGAUGUACAGCCAACUACGAAGAGGGGGCUUCACAUGGCCUUCGAGGACGUAUUGCUGUAGCUUCUGCAGGAGGGAGUUCAAGUCAGCUCAGGCUCUCGGGGGUCACAUGAACGUCCACAGAGGGGACAAAGCCAGACCGAGGCAAUCCCCACCCUCUAAUCCUAAGCUUGGAAGUAAAGCUGUUCCUUGUAGCAACGAUGCAUUUUCCUCCAUGAUUUCUCCUUCGAUACAUCUCUCUUGCUCACCACCUCUGGCCUCAAGUGUUGAUGACUUGAAGACCAUGGAAGAAGACAGGGGAAAUGAGGUCCUAAAGACGAGCAAAGGCAGGAGGUAG